GAUUAAUUACAUAAAGUUUUUUUUCUUAGACAGGCAGACAUUGUAAAAAAACAAAAAGUACAUCUGUAUAAAGGGAAUCAACAGCAUUUCCCAAACACACCAAGCCAUUACGUGACGUCACAUUUCCGCGACGGCUGUUUGUUUCCAUGGAGCAGAGAGGAGCGUUUAGCCGAAGCUAGCGGAUUAGCAACAGUUUCUUAUCCGCUCCUUCUUUAAAUAAAUCCAGGAUGUCGGAGGGUUCGGAGACUCUCUUUUUAUUCGAGUUUUUAGUGGAAAACAUCCGACUCGAGCGACUCUGUCCAGGUUCCGCCCGGCUGGCUCUGUUUGUGCGACUCCUGGGUUUCCCGCCGCUGCUMGUUUACCAGCCGAGCCGCGGCGACACGGACCGGCAGGACGAGACGGGGAAACCGGGUGAAUAUGUGUUCAACAGAGGUAAAUCCUGCGUCUUCCAGAUGAACCUGGACUCUCUGCUCAGCCAGCUGCUGAACGCCCCUCUGCACGCCGCGGUGCUGGACGUGUCCGAGGACAGACCCCGGCUGGUCGGCACCUCUCUCAUCUCUCUGGCCAAAGCGGGGGACAGAAUGAAGCAGGGGGGCGUUUCAGACCCCUCUUCCCUCAUAGAAACGGGCCUUUCUGCUUUCUGCGACCUCGCCGGGGAGCAGAUCGGAACAAUAUCCCUGAGGUACAAACUGGUGUGUCUGGGAGCGAGCUUACUGCCACACAUGACAGACAGGAGGGGAUUUAAAAGCACCGGYCUGCCUGGAGGAGGUCAGCCUGUCCAGGGGGGGAACAGAUCUCCUGAGAAGCUUAACGACGAAGGAACCGGUUCAGAAAUCCUGUUGGGCCAGGAUGAACUGGAUGAAAGUCAGAAUGAAAACUACUGUGAGGAUUUAACGGCGUUCUGUCCUCCUCGUCUUUACUACAGCAACACCGAGCAGGAGAGAGGYCGAGAUCAGGUGGAUCUGAAACUCCUGAACUUUCAAUCGGAAGCUUUUAUGUAUGAAGACCUGAGCUCCGAGGAGGAGAAAGAUGAAGGUCCCAGCUCUCACCAGAAAGUGGCGUUUUCUUCUAAUGCAGGCAACCAGGAGGCCGUUGGGGUGACAACCGUGGUGACCCCCGUGGUGACCCCGAAUAUCCUCAGAGAAGCUUUAAAGCAGCUGCCUCUGUUAAACGCACUCGUCGCUGAACUCUCCCUGUUGACCGACUCCGUUCAGCCCAGAAACGGCUCCACACCGAACCCUCCGACAGUCAGGGAGGAAGGCUCAGCCGGGAGCAGGAGCUCCAGCAAACCUCGCAGGAAGAAGCUCGUUUACGGAACAACUAAAACCUUUCGUCUGAGGCUGAAGCAAGCUUCCCCCCUCAAAGCGAAACGUCGACAGUGCUCCGGCUCGACGCAGAACGAGCUGAAACCGUCGGUUACUGGGAAACCGAAGAGGGAGCCUGUCGAGUCCAGCAGGAGAACAUCUGGGUCGGGUCGGAGCCGCGGCCUCGGUGAAGACAUCGAGACGGCGCUGCGGAGCGUCGGGCUGGAACGAAAAGCUSGAGACGACGAACAUCCUCGGAGAGAAACUGAACGUGUUCACCUCCCCGGGGUGGACCACGAGCGUCAAUCAGAUCAGUCCGAGUCGGAGUUUCACCRCGAUGGAGUCAAGUUCCUGCAGGAAGGAAGCAGAAGCUCAGAGUCCAGCGCUGAUGGACAGGACGAUGGAGACUACGCAGAUGACUUUCACAGCUUAGAAUCCAGUGACGCUUCCCUCCCUGGGAGUCCCGAGUCCUCCAGGUCCGGGGCCGCAAAGCCAGUCCCUGUGCCGGUCAAAUCCCCCAGCUCCCCACACCGAGCCCUGAGGGGCACCCACAUUCUCCGGCCCCGAAGCUCCUCCGUCGACCGUGACGACGGGGACGUGUCGCCUUCUCUGCAGAGCGUCCGCUCCAGAAAACCCACGCCUGCGGGGGGCCGAGCGGAGCGAAGCUCUUCUGCUGCGAGCUUUUCAUCUUCACAAAGCGAAAGGACCGAGUCGCCCAGGGACCGAGGCUCUGUUCAAGGGUUCUCUGACAAAUCCACAUCCUCCUUUGGGGCUCAGGAGGCAGAGGAAAUGGAGGAUGAGCUUGGAUCUCUGGAUUUCAGACAGAAGUAUCAGCAUAUUUCAGAGCUGGUGGCCCCCAGACUCCCCGGGUACACAAUGUAAAGAAAAACUGUUUAUUUUUACUGAACGCUGCUCUUUUCAAUAAAAAAAACUUAUUGUUGAAAUGUUGUCACAGUUUUCUGACUGAACGACUUAAAUAUAUUAACUGUUGGAUAACAAAUCUGCUUGGAUGAAAACCACCUUUCUGCACUCGACAGUUGUUUUCCWGCCUCCAAAGGUCACCUGCUCAUUUGUGUUUUAUUUUUCAUAACAUUUGAAUAAAAACAAAACAUGGCUUUGCUCUUUUUUCAAAAGG